AACCAAAUUUGAUUUUCUUAAAAGUUAGUAUAGCGAACAAAGACAAUUUAAAUAUGAAACAUAAACUAUAACUUCUUGCACUAAGAAAAAUAUAACAUUUUAUUUUGUUCAUUUGUAAAAUCAAGCAAGAAAAUAAAUGUCAUCGAGUGUGUGUGUCAGAGUGGAGUACCCUGCACCGCUGCCAACGGCCCGACACACUGCCUGACACUCCCACUGUCCCACACCUCACGGCUCACGCUCCCACACGUUGCUUCGCACUCUCCAAACACUGCAUCACACUCCCAUUACCUCCCUCACGCUCUCACUUCCCCACGCUGCUGAGGCUAACACCAAGGUACAUAUAUACCGAUCUUUCGUGACAGAUUGUGACGGGCCUUGUUCCGGGCAGAUGGGAAGAAGAGUGUAUGGUCGACGUGUUACAAGAGAUAACUUGUGUGAGGCACCAAGGCACACCAGAAAUGCACACAGUGACUGAUUACUUUUUGUGAAGUUUGAUUGUUUUGAGCCGGACAGACAUUGCACUCCUACUGGCACUCCAUCCCAGCAGAUAGUUCAUAAUGACACCAAUCAUGUGAAGGUGGUCUGCCUUUUUAUAACCAAAAAAGGAGAAAUAUUUGUACAUUUAUAUGAAUGACUAGAAUCAUAGUGUGGCCAUGACAGAACUUGUGUUUGGUGUGAAGAGUUGUGCCAGUGGCUACCUCCAGCACUACAGCCUCCUGUCCUUGACUAACAAGUCCUGACGGAGACUUGUGGGCUGUAAUCCUGCCAGAAAGCACUUCAGCCUGCAACUCAACUGUACAAGGGACCAAAUAAAACCCAACGCUUAAUGGUGCACAGAACCACCAUGCCAACAUUAAUCAUAAGGAAAUAGCUGUUUGUGAAACUCCCAAAUGAGUUACCAGAUCUGUAGAAAUAUUUUCUCUCAGUUUGUAAUUAUUCCUUGAAAAUUAUGUAACCUUCCAGAGGCUUAUACUCUACUCAGCUCUACUCUACUCUAUUGAAAGUGAAAUUGCUUAAUGCUAUUCUGUCUUAGCUUGAUUUGUACAUGUGUUUAACAUAUGUACUGAAAGAUCACUUAUAAAUAUAAAGCUUGCAUACAUCAUUCAAAGAGUUGACUUACAAUAGAGUAUAUUGAGUAUAUUCUCUAAAAUGAAACAAAAUUAUCUUGCUUUAUGCAUGAUUUGUACUAUAAUACAUGUCUUUUUAAUGAAUGCCUCUGAAGGAAGACAAAAACAACAUGAAGAACACUUGGAAGAAUUCUACAAGAUUCAAACAAACUUGGAUGAGUAUGAAGACUUCAUAGAGGAAGAUGAUGAAGACUGCCGUGAGGACAAGCAGUUGCCAGUCAUUCUGUGGUGGACUCCCUUCACUGGUGUUCAUGGGCUGCCCCGCUAUUGCACCCUGGGGAACUGCUGCCUCACUCAGGACCGCAGUCUGAUCAAUCAACCCAAUGUUAAAGUGGUCCUCUUCUAUGGCACUGAUUUUGACCCCACUGACCUUCCACUGCCCCGAAAGAAGGACAUUUGGUGGGGACUUUUACAUGAGGAGUCUCCUAAAAACAGGCCAAUAUUGAAUCAUUCUCCCGUUGUGGAGUUGUUUAAUAUUACUGGGACUUUUAAAUGGGGGAGUGACUUCCCUCUUAGUCUACAGUUUCUUCCUUCCCUUGACUCUCUCACCUCUAAGAAAGAAUAUGUACCUACUAAGAAGAAAAAUGAGUUUCUAGAAGGCCAUUUGGGUUCAGAAAAAAGUGAAAAAUUGCAAAAUGUUAAAUCAAAAGAAAAAAAGGCAUCAUUAAAUGGUAAUGAUGCUCAGUUCCUAAAAGGUUCAGCUAGCACAAAAAACAAAGGAUCUUUAGAUGACAAAAUAGAGAAAUCUUUUGGAAGAAUUGCUCCGCUUGUCUAUAUUCACUCAGACUGUGACACUCCAUCAGAACGUGACAGAUAUGUGAUGGAACUCUCUAGGUACAUCAAUAUAGACUCCUUAGGGGACUGUCUUAACUCAAAAUCACUACCACCUCACAUUGCAGAUGCUUCUCACUUUAAUCAUCCAGAUUUUUGGCACAUACUGGCUAGGUACAAAUUCACACUGUCAAUUGAAAACUAUGGAUGUGAUGAUUACAUUACUGAAAAGUUUUGGCGUCCAUUAAUGGUAGGAUCUGUUCCAGUGUAUUGGGGAUCACAAAGUAUAGAAGAUUGGGCUCCAAAUGACAGAUCACUCAUUAAAAUAUCAGACUUUGCAUCUCCUAAGGACCUGGCAGAUUAUCUCCACCUCUUACUGAGGAAUGACUCUUUGUAUGAAGCUCACCUGACACACAAGAAUAAGGGAGAAAUAACAAAUUCAAAGCUGAUUGCUGCAAUGAAUGAACGUCAAUGGGGUCUUGAUGAUUUGGAGAAGGGUAGUUUUAUAGAUCAUUAUGAGUGUUUUGUCUGUGAUGAGAUAUAUCGCAGCCACCCUCACUUGACUAGCAGGACAAGUUAUGAGACAAAGAUUGCUGAUGCAAGGCACUACAGCUGUCCCGAACCAAAAACAGUGUUGACAAACAGCAUUAAUGAAAAAAGUUAUUGGUUAGAAGAAUAUGAAAAGUCUAAAACUGAAGCCGAGACUUUGAGUAAUCUCUUAAAGUAUAACAAGCCGUUUUCUCAAGAUGAAUUUUAUACCAGAGUAUUUAAAGGUUUGAGGACCAAGGGAUUCUUUCGUAGAUUUCCCCCCAAACACGAUGAGCUCUGAUCCUCUCUUACAAGGAAGAGGUAUCAGAAAGUAGCCUGAAUAUAUUUCAGAAUAAAAAUGGCAUGUCUGUCUAUGUUUAUAUGUGUGCAUCUAUCUUUUUACCUAUAUACCCAUAUAUUUCUAGAUUGGUCUCUAUUUAUGUACAAUAAUGAAUGUUGCUACAAUAUAUAAUAAAUACUAAAGAAGU